UUAAAAUAUUCAAGAAAUCCACCACAAAGCCAAAGAAAGCCCCUCCCCCAAAAGAACAAAAACCAACGGUGCUGAUACACCUCGUUCUCUCAUCUCAGUCGUCUCCUUUCUCCUCUCUUCUCCAGCGUCCGAUCCCCCCUCCAUUCCCAACCGAUCUAAAGCCCCUCAAUCUCUCGCGCCCAAAUACAAAUUCGGGUUUUGGCGAGGAUGGCCGAAGCUCCGGCGAGUCCAAACGGAGGGAGCCUCGAGAGCGGCGAGCAGAGCCCCCGCUCGAACGUUCGCGAGCAGGACCGGUUCCUCCCGAUCGCGAAUAUCAGCCGGAUUAUGAAGAAGGCGCUCCCUGCGAACGGGAAGAUCGCGAAGGACGCCAAGGAGACCGUGCAAGAGUGCGUCUCUGAGUUCAUAAGCUUCAUAACCAGCGAGGCUAGUGACAAGUGUCAGAGAGAGAAGAGGAAGACUAUUAAUGGGGAUGAUUUGCUUUGGGCUAUGGCUACUUUAGGGUUUGAAGACUACAUCGAUCCGCUCAAGAUUUACCUGGCCAGAUACAGGGAGGUAAUUUUAAAUCUUACCUCUCUCUCUGCUUGUUUGCUGAGAAAACGGGAAAAAUGGAAAGUAAGAAAAGAAAAUUUGGUUUGAUGUUUGUGUUGUUGCCUAUUCUUUCCCUGGCCCCAAACAAUGAAAUGCCUAUCCUAAAUCAUCUUUCAGUUUCUCGGUUGUUUGGACAUUUGAUUUGUGAUGUAAAUUCUUCUUGUUUGAUUUGAUACUUUUGAGUAUCUGUAUAAGUUUUGACUGACAGUGUAUUUUUCGUUUCCUUGUUUUCUGGUUUUAUUGGGCUGCUGCAGAUCGAGGUAUGUUAAGUUUAUCUCUUCCAUUGACGUGGCUGGUUAUUAAAAUUUCUUAAUUUUGAUGUUUUUGGUUUAUUGUUCUCAUUCUCAUAAGCGUCUCUUAAUUUUAAAUGUUGGAUUUGCAAAUCAUGGUAUUUGAUAGGGUGACACCAAGGGGUCAGCCAAGGGUGGAGAUGCAUCUACUAAGAAAGAUGUUCAACCAAGUCCAAAUGCCCAGAUUGGUCAUCAAGGUUCUUUCUCGCAAGGUAUUAAUUACCCAACUUCUCAGUCUCAGGCCCAGCAUCUUAUGGUUCCAAUGCAAGGCACGGAGUAGACAUCUGCUCAUCUUCAACUGAUUCCAAAAUUUGGCAUCUGAUCGAGGAAUAUCUUGUUUAGUGCCCACAAGAAAUAUUUAUCAAAAAUUCCUCUUCUUCUUAUGUGAACAGUGACAUUUUAGGGUCAUUUUGGCACUUGUCUUGUUUCCAGAUGUAUUUCAGGUGAAGGUUGUAUAUUUAUGGGAAUCUUUGGGAGUAUAAUGACUAUUUGAAGAAGGUAUUGUAAAUUUUGGGUCCCGUGAUUUGUUGACAUGGUGUUUUAGCAAGAUAUUUCUGACCCUUAAAAGUUUCUGAAAUUGCCAUUGCAUUGAUCCGAA